AUGGCUAUACUUCCUCGAAUAUUCCUCUACUUCUACUUCGCUUCAAAACUUGCAUCACAUCACAUAGUCAAUCCAAUUUCCUCUCAAGGGUCUGUAUCUUUGGUGAAGAUCGAAGACAAUUCAUCGAACAUCUGUCAGGCAUUCUGCGAUUUCGCUGAUUCCGUGUUGAAUACCUUUAUAUCGUUCAAGAAGAUGAAAGGGAAAUUUGGGGCAUCAGCGAGUUAUUUCCUGUUGAAUACAGGAGCCAAGAUUCCGGCCAUAGGUCUCGGAACUUGGCAGAGUGGUGGCGACUUCUGUGUGGAGGCAGUAAAAACAGCUCUAUCCGUCGGCUACCGCCACAUCGAUUGUGCACACCUGUAUGGAAACGAGGCUGAAGUCGGGGAAGCCCUAACGGAGUUUUUCAGGGGUUCAUUAAAAAGAGAGGAUCUUUUUUUAACCUCGAAGCUAUAUUGUACCAUGAAUUCAACCAACAAGAUUGAAAACUCUGUUAAAGUUUCUCUCAAGAAUCUUGGUGUCUCAUACUUGGAUCUUUACUUAAUGCAUUGGCCUGAAAGCUCAGCUUUUGGUGAUGCCACUGAUCCUCCUGCAAAUUCUGGUUCUGAAUAUAGGCAGUUCUUGAGUAAGUUGAAAACCGCAUGGAAAACUAUGGAAAAAUUAGUCGAAUUGGGUCUUGUUCGUGCUAUAGGAGUUAGUAAUUUCAAUAUACAACAAAUGAAAGAACUUCUCAAAUUCGCCAAGAUUACACCUGCAGUCAAUCAGGUGGAAUUGCAUCCAUUUUGGAGGCAAGAUGAGCUUGUGAAGUUUUGUCAAUCAAAAUUCAUACAUGUAUCUGCUCACACACCAUUAGGAGUCCCAACUUCAGCUCCUAAACCAUCUGAAAGUGGAUCAAGUGAGGAAGAUGAACCUGGAACACCUCGUAUAUCUUUUAGAAGGUCAAGAUCAGUCCAUGGCCCAAUGUUGAAGUUGUCAGUAGUUGCUGAGAUAGCAGAUAGACAUAAAAAAACACCUGAACAGGUUAUUCUGAGGUGGGGGCUUCAAAGAGGCACGAGUGUGCUACCAUGUAGUGUGAAGCCUGAAAGAAUAAGGCAAAACAUUGACAUAUUCAGCUGGAGUUUAUCAGAUGAUGAAUACAAACGUCUGAAUCGUAUAGAGCCACAAGUAUGUCUGUUUGGAAAUGGUCCUUUAGACACUAUUUCAGAAGACAAUGGAUCGAUAUUUGGAAGUGGUCCACUUCAAGCAGUUCAUGAAUCUGAAGAUGAUGUUGAGUUUAACUCAUGAUGGUUGUUGAAAUACUUUGUGUUUCUUGCUUUUAACUGCAUAAACAUGUUUGAUUUUUGUUGGGUCAUUGUAAUAUUAUGUCUUUGGGUCUUGUUUCUUUUGUUGAUGUUGAAUUGGUGAAUUAUGUCUUCUUUUGUCAAUUGUCAUGUAUAAAAGUUGAUGGAUGGUGUUUUAAUUUUAUAAUUUAUGGAGUGUUUUUCA